CGCAUUCUAAAUUUUUUGGAUUUAUACGAUUGACAUCAACCCCGACCGACGGCAUACAAUUGUCGAUGUCAAAGCCGUGUCAAAUCAGCUUCAUACACGUUGAGGCUUGAACGCUCCACGAUUUUUCGUACAUAUCCCAAGGUCUCGCACUCGUUCGUUCACACCAGGGCGCAAAACGCCCAAUGACUUUCGCUACAACAAACUGAUCUUUUGAGUAAAUCGCCUUCCCACGGACUGGAACUCGACAGUCACCAUGAAUACAUCGGCGCCUGUGGCGUCGCAGAUCAGCGGCGUCAGCUUUGGCUACCUGUCGACCGCUGAUAUUCGUGCUCUCUCAGCCAAGCGCAUCACCAGCAGCACUACCUUCGACACACUUUUGAAUCCGGUACCCGGCGGACUCUACAGCGCUGAGCUGGGGCAGUUCGCAGACAAUGCAUGUGCUACAUGUGGUUUGAAAACUCCGCAAUGUCCGGGUCAUCCCGGUCACAUCGAGCUGCCAGUCCCUUGUUACCACCCAACCUUCAUGGAUCAGGUCCUUCGACUAUUACGCGCAUCUUGCGUUUACUGUUCGAGACUAAAGAUGAAGCGAGGCGAAGUCAGCCUGUUCAUUGCGAGGUUGAAGCUCGCUGAGGCAGGCUUGUUGAAAGAGCUGCAUGACCUGGAGGAUUUGAAAUAUCGCAAUAAAGAAGAUGGGGACGCCAAUGGCAUCGAAGUUGACGAUGAUUCUGAGGACGAUGCAGACGUGAAGCAGACUACAUUGAAAUAUGAACGAUUUGUGGAAGCAGCGUUGAUUCGCGCUCGGGAAAGUGGCCAACCGGCUGAUACACAAACUGAGGCAGUAGUCAACGCUCGGCGACACAUCAUUAAAGAUUUCAUGACAUCAAUCAACAAAGGCAAGAAGUGUGGAAAUUGUUCAGGCAUCAACCACAGCUACCGCAAGGAUCGCUGUGUCAAGAUUUUCAAGAAGGCGUUAACCGAGAAGGAACAUCUGGCAGUGGUCCAGGCAGGUGUCAAGGCUAUAGAUCCCAUAAUCCAGCUGAGAAGACAGCGUCGUCUUGAAGAAGGUAAGAAGAGGAAGCGGGAUGUCGACGAAGCUGUCGCGGACCUGGACAGGUCCUCAGAUGAGGACGUUGAUAUGGAGGAGAGCUCCGAGGAGGAGCCGGAAAUCGCUGGCGGGACCCUAGUAGGUGAAGCCCAAGAAUCUUCGAGCAAGCGUGCAAAAACAGUUGCUACUGCACAGGAAGAAUAUCUGAACCCUUCGAGAGUGCUCGCACAGUUAACCCUGUUGUUUGAGAAAGAACGAGCAAUCAUGGGCCUUGUGUAUGGCUCUGGCAGAAGGAACCAGAUCAAGGGCGAUGUCGGUGUGUCUGCGGAUAUGUUCUUUAUGCACGCUGUUCUUGUGCCACCGAAUCGAUUCCGACCGGAAGCCAGAAUGGGCAAUAACGAAAUAUCUGAGGCCCAGGAGAACACGACGUACAAGUCCAUCAUCACACAAUGCGAAACCAUCGCUCAAAUCCAGCGUGAACUGAGUGGUCUGGAGAAGCCAUCAGAGUAUCGUCUCCGAGCACGGACAUACGCCGAUCUGGAAACCACUUGGCUUGCCCUGCAAGAAGGUGUCAAUGGGAUUGUCGACAAAGGCCUUGCGCCCGUAGGAGGUCGAGCAGCAGCAAGGAUUCCUGAUGGAGUCAAGCAGAAGCUAGAAAAGAAAGAAGGCAUGUUCCGAAAGUACAUGAUGGGCAAGCGUGUCAACUUCGCUGCGCGCACUGUCAUCUCGCCAGAUCCGAACAUCGAAACAAACGAAAUUGGCGUACCGCCCGUGUUUGCCAUCAAGCUGACGUAUCCCGAACCCGUCACGCAAUGGAACAUCGACGAGCUGCAAGAAGCUGUCCGGAAUGGAGCUUUCGUCUGGCCUGGUGCUGUCGCGAUCGAGGACGAGAACGGGGCCGUCGUCAAUUUGGAACGCAAAAGUGCCGAUGAGCGAAUCGCCCUAGCGAAUCAGCUUCUAUCACCUGCUGCGACUGGUAAUACAAGAGGAACAAGGCCGAAGAAAGUUCUCCGCCAUCUGAACAAUGGUGAUAUCGUGAUUAUGAACAGACAGCCAACACUACACAAGCCGUCAAUGAUGUGUCAUCGUGCGCGCGUCCUGCCUGGGGAGAAGACAUUGCGUAUGCACUAUGCCAACUGCAACACGUAUAACGCAGAUUUCGACGGCGAUGAGAUGAACAUGCAUUUCCCCCAAAAUGAGCUUGCGCGAGCCGAGGCGCUCUCUAUCGCCGACACAGAUCAUCAAUACCUUUCUGCGACUGCGGGUAAUCCUUUGCGAGGUUUGAUUCAAGAUCAUAUUUCGAUCUCGGUGUGGUUGAGUAAUCGGGAUAUGUUCUUUGAUCGCGGCGAAUACAUGAAUUUGCUCUACUCAGCACUUCGACCUGAGCAUGGGCAUUGUGCUUCCGGCAGGGUAGAAACCCUUCCACCAGCUGUCAUGAAACCCAAGGCUUUAUGGACGGGAAAACAAGUCUUCAGUACGAUCUUGAAAAAUCUGACGCCUCGUGGCGCUGAGGGUCUUACGAUGACCGGAAAGACUACCACUGAUGCAAAAUUGUGGGGCAAAUCUGGAUCUGAAGAGGGCAUCGUGAUCUUCAAAGAUGGCGAGCUCCUUUCAGGCAUCCUCGACAAAAAGCAGAUUGGACCUACGCCUGGCGGCUUAGUCGACUGCGUAUAUCAAACUUAUGGGCACACCAUCGCCGGAAAACUUCUCAGUGUUCUGGGUCGACUUUUGACCAAACUGCUUCACAUGCGUGCUUUCUCCUGUGGUGUUGAAGACCUCGUGUUCACCAAACAGGGCGAGGAGGCUCGACAGAAGGCGCUUGCACCGGCCGCUACCACUGGACUUGACGUUGCCGCAAAAUAUGUGGGUCUCGAAGAAGGUGUAACCACAACUGAGGACCGGGAGCUCCGCCGUCGUCUCGAAGAUGUGCUGCGUGAUGAUAGCAAACAGCAGGUCCUUGAUCAAUUGACCAGUGGUGCUGUGGGUAAGAUCAGCUCGGAAGUUUCAGGCAGUUGCAUGCCUACUGCUCUAUACAAACCCUUUCCCAGAAACCAGAUGCAGACAAUGACCAAUUCUGGUGCCAAGGGAUCCAAGGUCAACGUCAAUCUCAUCUCCUGCAAUCUCGGCCAACAAACCUUGGAAGGACGAAGAGUACCAGUCAUGGUCAGUGGCAAGACGCUUCCCUGCUUCAAGCCAUUCGAGACCAGCGUGCGAGCAGGCGGCUACAUUGUGGAUCGCUUCUUAACGGGUAUCCGCCCGCAGGAGUACUUUUUCCAUGCCAUGGCUGGUCGAGAAGGUCUCAUCGACACUGCUGUGAAGACAUCUCGAUCUGGAUAUCUCCAGCGGUGCUUGAUUAAAGGCAUGGAAGGCCUGAAAGUCGAGCAUGACUCCUCUGUCCGUGAUACAACCGAUGGAAGCAUGGUGCAGUUCCUGUAUGGCGAAGACGGGUUGGAUGUCGGCAAGGCCAGGUAUCUCUCCGAUUUCAAGUUUGUCGCGGAGAACUAUGUGUCAUUAUUCCACUCAUUCGGCCUCAAGAGUGAUAUCGGUCAACUGAUCAGCGAAGAGGCCAAGGAACAUAACAAAGCCGCGGAGAAGAGGUACCGAAAGACUGGUGACCUUGGCGCGAGCGAACCAGCACUCUCACUCUAUCCACCAAGCAAGUACGCAGGCAGUAUGAGCGAAAAGAUCUACACGAAGGGCAAGGCAUACGUUGAUUCGAACGUCGAUGGCCUGAUCAAGGACAAGAAAACCGGCAAGGGCGUGUUGUCGAAGAAGAAUUUCAAUUCCAUUCUGGAAAUGCGCUACCUUAAAUCUGUGGCCGAAGCUGGUGAUGCUGUCGGUGUCGUGGCCGGCCAAUCUGUUGGAGAGCCCAGUACACAAAUGACCCUCAACACUUUCCAUUUGGCAGGACACGCCGCGAAGAACGUCACCCUUGGUAUCCCACGUCUUCGAGAAAUCGUCAUGACAGCUGCGACAAAUAUCGCCACCCCAACAAUGACUUUGAUCUUGAAUGAGGGUCUGACUCAGGAUGAUGGGAGAAAAUUUGCCAAGGGCAUCAGCAAGCUCAGUCUGGCAGAUCUAACAGACAAGGUCACUGUGACAGAGUCGACAGGAAGAGGCAUCUCAUACGCAGAGGCGAAGCGCUACGACAUCUCACUUGACUUCUUCCCGGCCAAAGAGUACCUCAAGGAAUACGCAAUCGAGAUUUCAGACGUUGUUGCGACGAUCGAACAUCGUCUUUUGCCUUGGCUACAGGCCCUCACUCGCAAAGAGUUGAAGAAGCGAGGCGAUGCCAAGUCGUUGAAGUCCGGUACAUCAAGUUCUGACGCACAGCCCGAAGUCGGCGUCAGCGCUGGGACCAUCGAGCAAGAGACCACCCGGCCUGGAGGUGUGGCCGAGGGAGGCGAAGAUGAUUCUGACGACGAGGGCGACGAUGAUGCAACCCGGGACAAAUCCAGGAGCAACAAACAACAAUCAGGUUACGAGGCAUACGAAGAUGAAGAAGAAACGCGUAUCGCGAAACAAACCCAAGACGCAGACAGCACACUCGAGUCCGACUCUGAAGAAGAUGAGACAUAUGGAGGCAGUCCAUCAUCCACUCCGUCACCCAAAGAGAAUUUCAAAGCCGCCGCAUCGGUAGCUAAAGACCGUGAGGUGCGCAUCAAGGGCGGCAAGACAACCAACGACGUCGUGAAAUUCUCCUUCGAUGACAAGAACGGCGCUCACUGUAACUUUGCCAUGGAAUACGACAGCACGACGGCCAAAAUCCUCAUGCUCAACCUCGUCGAGACCGCGCUCCGCAACGCCCUCGUCCAAAGCGUCCCCGGCAUCUCCCUCUGCAUCCUCGACGUCGAAGCCAGCGAGGGCUCGGAAGACAACUCCAUCAUCCUGCUCGCCAACGGCGUCAAUCUCCCCGCCAUCUGGGACUACCAGCACGUCGUACACCCCAACCGCAUCACAACCAACUCCGUCGCCGACAUGCUCAAAUACUACGGCAUCGAGGCCGCGCGCAACACCAUCGUCCGCGAAUUGCAGUCCGUCUUCGGCAGCCACGCCAUCUCCGUCGACCCCCGCCACCUCACGCUCAUCGCGGACUACAUGACGCGCGGCGGUGAAUACGCCCCGUUCAACCGUAUGGGUUACCGUGGCAAUCCCAGCCCGUUCAUGAAGAUGAGCUUCGAGACCACGUUGGGUUUCCUCAAGGAUGCGGUGCAGGAGGCGGACGUCGAUCAUCUGACGGGUCCUAGCGCGAGGAUCGUGGCGGGAAGGCUGGGGACGAUGGGUACUGGCGGCUUUGAUGUCUUCCUUCCCUUGAAGCAUGACAUCGCGCCUGACGAUGAGGAGGGUGACGAUAUUGCCAUGAUGGAGGGAUUGGUCAAUGAAGCUGUGAUGGGAAGUGUAAGCAAUCCAGCGGAGGUUGUGGAUGAGGAUACCAGUGAGGAUGAUGACGAUGAUGAAGAGGAAGAUGUCGAUAUGGAAGGGUGAGAAGAACCCAUAUGGGUUGUUCUAGUGUGAAGUGUGUUUUGUACAUAAUGAUUAUCACGAAGAGUGUUGGAACAGUAUCUAUAUUCAUUGUUUGAC